UUCCUGACGGUUGGAGCCGGUGAACCGGAGCACCAAAUCUAGGUGCAGGCCACCGACAGGCGGCGCACAGGAAUGGACGAGACGAGACAUUCCUGCCACGAGCACGACAACCCAUUUGACGAUAUUCUCCUGUGAGAAGACACGGAUACCAAAGCCGUCGCCGCAGCGAAUUGACCUCGCAAACCCCAUAAAGCGCAGCACUAUCCGUAAGCCCGUUCUAGACUCUGGGACACUACGAGACCGCCGAGACACAACGAAAAGCCGAAUUCUACGCGUCCUCCGGGGUCCAGCGCACACAUUUUUACCGCUCGGAUCAGUUGACCGAAAACCUCUCCCACUUACUUUGCAAGAGGGGCGGACAAGAUGGUGGGCAAAGUCAGUGAGCGCGUUCUCCUUCGGGAAGGCCUGGAGCGGACCGACAAUGGCAUGAAGCAGACGAGUUGGCCGGAUGUGGCCCCGAUCAACCAGAAGAAUUAUUAUACGGAUUACAUGAAGCGCGAUGACCAGAUCCUCUCACUCCGGCUUCAAGGCGAGGCAAACAGAGACAGACUGGUGCAGAACGCCAAAGACCGCGAUCGCGCCCUCAACAACACUGCAAAUGGGGAGGUCCCGCUUCCUCUCGACGACCUCCAAGGCGAGGAUGGUCCGGGCCCUUCAACGGCCUUUAUGGAUCCAUCCAAGAUAAUCGUAAUACAUCCGGGGAGCCAGAACCUGCGGAUUGGAUUUGCCAGCGACGCAUUACCCAAGACCAUCCCCAUGACCCUCGCAACCAAGUAUUCCCAAACCGAGUCCGAGAUGUACGAAGCCCUCCCCAGACGGCAGUUUGAAGGGCGAACGAUGGAUCAACAACACGGCGAGGAGUGGGCAAACAAGUAUCAAAAGAUGUGCAAUGACCUCAAGAUCGACAUGCGCGCAAACAAGCGCAAGGUGCUUCCCAACUCGAAAGAUUUGGUGGUCAACUUCAAUCGGAGGACUGAGCCCGAGGUGAUUUCGCAGCACAACGACCCGUUGCAGGUAGAGUGGACGGAUGUCAACCCUCCUGGAAAUUCCGGUUCGGCUGCACCCGUCUUUAUUGGGCAGCAGGCCCAACGAAUCCCAGAUAAUUCGGAUCCCAAAUUCAAGCUUUGGUGGCCGAUCCAGCACGGCUGGUUAAACGAAGAUGAUUAUCCCACCAAGACACAGUUGAUCAACGACCUCGAGACCCUGCUCGAGCAAGCCUUACGCUUGGAACUAGGUCUAAAGCCGGACGGAGACCGAAAACAAUACAGUUGCGUCCUGAUUAUCCCGGACCUUUACGACAAACGGUAUGUUGAGCUGCUUCUACACAUCUGCAUUGAGUGGUUCGAUUUCAGCCGCGUCGCAUUCAUUCAGGAGAGCAUGGCGGCUACCUUUGGUGCUGGCUACACGCAAGCUUGCGUGGUUGACGUGGGUGCCCAAAAGACAUCCAUCUCCUGCGUCGAAGACGGUCUUUGCAUAGAGGACUCAAGAAUCAACCUCAAGUAUGGCGGCUACGACGUCACUGAGACCUUCAUCAAGAUGAUGCUCUAUGACAACUUUCCGUACCAAGAAAUCAACCUUCGCCGGCGUUACGACUUCCUUCUGGCGGAGGAACUCAAGAUCAAAUACUGCACCCUCUCGCAGGCUAAUAUCUCGGUUCAAAACUUCGACUUUCACGUACGCGCCCCGAAAGAGGUGACGCGCAAAUACCAGUUCAAAUUCUACGACGAGGUCAUCUUGGCUCCCAUGGGCUUCUAUGACCCCUCCAUAUUCGAUAACUCGGUCAAACUCCGCGGUCGACGCAAGCUGAUCGACCGAUCCUACAACGCAUACGAUGUAGAAGUGCCUGAUGAUCCGGCCUCGGCUGCUCAGCUAGGCAUCCUGGCACUCAUACAGCCGUCAGUCACGGCCACGGCAGCCAGCUUCAGCGGUGCCCCCGGGGACAUGGCAACCCCGAGCAAAGAACGAACCCAGCCCUUCAACUUUCUAAACCGCGGUGAUGCCACCGCUACUCCUGGCACAUCCAAGGCGCCGUCCCCGGCGCCCGACGGCGCCAGCACGCCGGUUCCAGCCCCUUACAUCUUUGGCUCUCGCGACCCGAACGGCAGCCCGGCGCCGAGCGGUCGCAACGGCGGCACCCCGGCGCCGGCCAACGGCACUUCAAUGCUCCCAGCUACCUCGUUCGACGGCCUACCGCAAUCCCAAAUCCAGCAGCGCAGCGCCAAGUCGCUGGCAGCCGAGCGCGACGCCGUGCUCCCGAUCGCCCCGCUCGACAUCGCCAUCAUGACGAGCAUCCAGAACGCCGCCAAGGGUGACGAGAAAAAGGUGCGCGAGCUGCUCGGCAGCAUCAUGGUGGUGGGUGGCGGCGCCAAGAUACCGCACUUUACCGCGUUCCUGGAGGAGCGUCUCAAAGCGCUCCGGCCGGACCUGGCCGACCGCAUCCUGGUCAGCAGGAGCGCGAGAGAGAUGGAUGAGCAGGUCGUUGUUUGGAAAGGCGCGAGCGUCUUUGCCAAGCUGUCGACUAACGACUCGUGGAUCACGAAUUAUGAGUACAAGAUGCUCGGCAGCAGGGCGAUUUACCACAAAGUGCUUUGGCAGUACUAGCACAUGAUGCUCGUAGGACCGGCUGGAGGAAGGUUUGGCAUCUGGCCGGAAGGUUUCUUUUCACGUAGCGGGGAUGGUUGGAGUUGCGGCGUAUGGGUAUGUACAGACAAUGUGGGUAUGUAUCCUGACGGGAUUGGGUGAGAUACCUACAUAUAGAACCGCUCUUGUGCUGAAGUUUCAGACUAGAUUGAUCAUUGCGGCUGUAUCCCACUUCAUUUAGUGACUGCCAUGAGUGUAGUGGCGGAAUAGGCAUAGGCCUUGAUUGGCAUUGGACUCUACCAUAGGUGUAUAGUCGCAGACCAAUAUGAAGUCCAGGCAACGACAAAAUGGAUGGCC